AUGGGGGCUGCUCUCUCGCGACUUCGUCUGGCUCUCGCGUCCCUGUUGGAUGAAAUAAGGGAAUACCGCAAGGUUCAAAGCCGGAUUGAAUCAUCUCCUGGGCUUCCUGUUGCCCAACCGACUACGCCGUACUGGUCCAUCCCCGUCUCGUCCAUAUCACAACACGGAAAAGAUGACAAGCUCCCUGAAGACGUGGAUGUCGUCGUUAUCGGAAGUGGUAUUACUGGAGCCGCUGUUGCGCACACGCUAUUUUCGACUGGCAAACUGCCGAAAGUCGUGUUGUUGGAGGCUAGAGAUGCAUGCUCUGGAGCAACUGCUAGGAACGGUGGCCACAUAACGCCCAACCUCUUUCACGAUUACCAAGACCUGAAAACUGCGUAUGGCGGUGAUGUCGCAAAACAAAUAAUCCACUUUCGGCUUGGCCAUCUGCAAGAAUUGCUCAAAGUAGCUACUGCGGAAGAUAUUCUUGUGGAUAGUCAGUGUCGCAAGGUUGAAACUUACGAUCUGUUUCUGGACGAAGACAAAUACGAAACAGCGAAAGUAAACCUUGACGCUUACUUAAAGGACUUUCCGGAACAGGUAUCGAAUUGGCGGAUUGUUAAAAACAUAGAGUCAUUGCAAGUGUCGCCAGAAGUCAUUGUCGGCGCCAUUACCACUACUGCAGGCGCAAUACAUCCAUAUCGAUUUGUCACGAGCCUGCUGUCCCGCUUGCUCUCCAAAUUUCCGCAGAAUUUCCAACUCUUCACGAAUACGCCUUGCGUUUCCAUUGCGUCUGACUCUUCUCGCUACAUCGUUGUAACACCCAAAGGAACAAUCCGCACAAAGCAUGUCGUUCACGCUACCAAUGGCUGGGCAUCCCACUUGCUUCCUAAGCUGCGAGGCAAAAUCGUGCCUGUUCGCGGUCACAUGUCAGCUCAUCGGCCGGGAACGGGCCUCGGCUCCUUUCCCGAUACCGACUCUGUCCAAACCCUGGCAGAGAAGAAAGACUCCUGGCUCGGCACGCGCUCGUUCGUCAUGUCUGGCGCCAACACCUAUAACUACCUCACUCAACAGCCCCCAUCCUCCGCGUCGACCAGCGGGGGCGCUUUCCCGCCCUCGAACGGUGAGCUGAUGUUUGGCGGUGGGCUCGCUUUGUCACUUGCGACGAUUUUACCUGAACUCGGCGUGGCGGACGACCACAAACCGAUUGAUCUCGCUGUGGGUGCAUAUUUGGGUGGCGCGGUUAGCAUGUAUUUUGGCAACCAGUGGGGCUCAGAAGGACAGGCAGAGUCCAAGUCUGAAGCCGAGGAAAUUAAUCCUGGGCGCGUGUUGAAGGUCUGGACGGGUAUUUUGGGUAUAUCGGCCGAUAGACAGCCCUGGGUCGGCCGACUGCCCACGAAGAUCACUGAUCGACGCGAACCCAAGGCGCAGUCCAUGUCUUUGGCUGCACCCGGAGAAUGGAUUGCUGCUGGUUAUACGGGUGAAGGAAUGGUUCAUGCGUACUUAUCAGGCAAGGCAGUCGCGAAUAUGAUACUUGAGCAAGACUCGACAUUCCCUGAAGUUUUUGUUGUCACCGAGCGGCGGUGGAAGAAGGCAAAUAUUGAAGACCUGGCCCAGUAG